AUGGUGUCAACAAAACUCAUCCUUCUCUCAAUCUCCGCCUUGGCAAUGGUCCAAACUCAAAGCACGGAGCCGUAUUGCGAUGAGCUGACAACAACCAAAACGACCGCGAAACCAACAACAACCAAGAUCACUUGGGGCUGCCCAUCAACCUGGACAAAAUUCAGUAGAACUUUGGGACAAUGGUGCAUCAAGAUCUACACUGGAACAUUCACAUACGAAGGGGCUAAAGCACAAUGUAAAGCAGUUGGUGGAGUUUUAUCCGGUGUUGAGAAUGCAGCCGAAAGAACUUUUGUUAUCAGUAAGUUCAAUUGAAUCACACAUUUGAAUUUCAUGUGAUAUUUUUCAGAUCAGGGAAUCUCAAUUCUCAACACAAUCGGUACAGUCAAAGAAGGUGCCCUUUGGUUAGGUGCCUUGAGAAGUACAGCAUGUCGUGGAAACAACGCAACCCUCUCAAUCUGUGUUCCGGCGGUCAACAAUGCUUUCGUCUGGACUGAUGGUUUCACAACCGGAAAAUCAAUGAUGACUUGGAUGCCGAAUCAACCAGAUUAUUAUCAAAAAGGAGAAGCUGCGGUUCAAAUGGUUAUUGUCAAUCAAGCAACUGGUUCAGGCGGUGCCGUUUCAGGACAAUUGAAUGAUGUGGUUGCAACAUUGUCGACUGCACCAAAUGCACUCAACUAUAUUCGUGGAAUCGUUUGUGGACAAAAAGCCAAAGCAACUUAUUCAUAA